AUUUCAGUAUUUGUAUUUUCUGAUUUUAGUUAAGAAAAUUAGGAACUCUGGCUCUUGAUACAUUUAUAGCAUUUCAACAUAUAUAUAAAGUUUAUACAGUGCUACUGUAUUAUUAUAAUGACUGAGGAAGAUAGUAAGGAUAUAUUUAAAGAAAAAUUGGAUGAAAUGUUGGGCGAUCCAUUGCUUUAUGACAUCAGAGAUGACAUCACAAUAGAAGAAAUAAAAUCCUUGAUAGAUCUGGAAUAUGGACGGGCAAUGACUAUCACAGUGAACAGAGCUGAUGGAGAUUGCUACACAGUUAUUGUCAACCAAAAUGGAACAGUAAAAGAUUUAAAAUCUGCGAUAAAAAGACACUUUACGCUCAAAAUGCAACGAGAAAAUGGGCCUAAACAUAUUAGUUGGAAAUAUGUAUGGCAGACAUAUUGGUUAUAUUUUGAUGGACAAAAACUUAGAAACGAUAAAGAUAAAUUAAAAACUUACGGGAUUAGAAAUAAUGAUAUUGUUUGUUUUAUAAAACGACUGAGAGAAAAAUGAAUCAAUGAAAUGUUAUCCUCUGUUUGAGUAUGGAUUUUUUUCAUAAAUGCCUACAACGAAUGUAUAAGGUAUUUGUUGGAUUGAUGAAUUUUAGAUUUCAAGAAUAUUUCAGACUCCAAUAUAAUAGAUUUCGUAUUCUCUUGCCACUUGGAGUUAUUGGAAUAAAACU